UUUUUUUUUGUGUUCGCUAUUUAGCAGAAUUUUUCCAUAAGAGUUAUUUUGAAAUAAAAAUGCUUCGUGCAAUACUUUCUGCCCGCAACGUUAUUUUAUGCUCUCGAAAUGGACCUGGAGUUCUGAAAGCAAUCAAUAAACAAAGCAUAAGAAAUAGCCAUGUAGUUUCGUAUCGAACAGUUCCAAGCAGUCAUUCGAAAAUAACUACUGUAGGUGCUGAAAUCGUUGGAGCGGCAAUGUGGUGGUGGAUAUUAUGGCAUUUGUGGCAUGAGUAUGAACACAUUACGGGUGAAUUCCCAUACCCUUCUAGUUCUUCUUGGACUAAUGCUGAAUUGGGCAUACCGCCUACAAAAGAAGAUUAAUUUUGAACAAAACAACCAUAACAAACGCACGAGGCAAUUUCCUGAAUGGUUUUAAUCGUAUACUGUAAAUCUUACCAAUAAACCACUCACAAUGUUUGUGUAAAAACCAGUA